AAGUUACCGGAUACACUCAAAAGUGCAGUGACAUUGUUUUCAGGUUCUCAUUCAUCAUGUGGGUCCAUCAAAGUGGUUCCUGACCAAGUGCAGCACUUCGACAAAGAGUCCGUGUCCCUGCACUGUGAGGGAACCUCCUCUGAGUGGACAGUGAUGAGGCUGACUGCAGCAGAUCGCCUGGCAAGCUGUUCCAAAUGGGGGUCAAUGACUGGAUCCACCUGUCUGAUCACAAAGCCCUCCAACAAUACAGCGAUGUACUGGUGUGAGUCUGCAUCUGGUUUCACUAAUCCAGUAAACAUCACUGUGACAAGUAGGUGUUCAAUGGUACACUUCUUUUUUUCUGACACUGUUUUAGUGCCAUGUCAUCUGUGUUUAUUCCCAACGACACAGCCACCUAGUGCAUGCUGUAAGUUUGAGCCCAACACUCUGCUGUGGCCAGGGACGAUUAUGCUGACAAAGCAACAAGGCAAAGUACAAAUUCAAAGGAUAAUUAAAAGGCCUCCUCAUAGGAGACAAGGCCAGGAAGAGCAUCAUGGUGUUAAGAACAGUCUGAUAAAAAGUCUGAAAUCCAUGACUAAACCCUUUUUCUUGUCUCAAUUUUUUACAGGAAAAAAAAUUAUUCUUGUUAGCCCAGCUCACCCAGUGACUGAAGGACAAGCUGUUACUCUUGGAUGCAAAAUGAAGAACAGAACUUCUGAUUCCACCGUGAUUUUUUAUCAAAAUAACAAAGUCAUCCAAAAUGACACCAGAGUGCAGCUGCAUAUUGGUGCAGUGUCCUUCUCAGAUGAGGGGUUCUACAAGUGUGAACACUCAGGGAAAGAGUCACCAAAGAGCUGGAUGUCAGUCAAACGUAAGUGUUUAUAUCAACAACAUCCAACACAUUGUUACUGAUGCGUUUAUUUUGCCAAACAAGUAAUCCUUCAUCUAUCCAUUUACUU